AUGGAGGAAGCUAACGUCCACGGGACCAGCGGCCACCCUUCCACCGCUCCUGAUGCGUCUCCGGAAUCGGCUGUUCCAUCCAGUUCUGACCAAGGCUCUCAAUCCUGUCAGGCCCAGCGCCAGCGACAGGUCCACCAGCUGGAUGAAACGCAGGAGCCAGACAGCAGCUACAGAGCGUCAGAGAUCGCCGGCCGCUUCAACGAUGCCGUCGAUCCCAAGGCCAGCAUCGACACCGCGGCGCCCAUCGAUUCCGUCAAAGGCGCCGUCAGCAAAUUCGGAGUCGGAGGGGUUGAUUGGAAAAAGAAACGCAAGCAAGUCCAGGAUGAGCUCGACCAGGUACAGGAAGAGGUCACGGAGUACCAGAAGAGAGCACAGGAGGCGGAGGCCGGCAGAGCGCAAGCUCUGCGGGAGCUGGGAACCGCCGUGAAGACUGCCGACGAGCUGAGGCUGGGCCUGGAGAUGGCGCGGGCUGAGCAGAACCAGGCGCGGGAGCAGGCGGAGCUCACCGAGCUGCGCCUCGAGGAGGUGCGGCGCGGCGCCGCGGCGAAGGCGAAGGCGGAGCUCGACGCCGUCAGGGAACGCCGCGCGGCCGCGCUCGCAGACCUUCGGGCGUCGCGAACGGAGGCCGAGUCACUGGAGAAGGUGCGAGCGCGCGCCGCGGCCGAGGCGGGCGCGGCGGUGGCGCGGGCGCGGGAGGCCGCCGAGGCGUCGCGGGAGGCUGGGAAGGCCGUCGAGGACCUCGCCGCCGAGCUCGUCGCGCUGAAAGGGGAGCUGGAGUCCUCGCGCGCCGCUCAUGUCGAGGCGGAGGAGAAGAGGAUGGGCCUGGCGGUCGCGUGGGAGGAAGACAAGUUGCGGUGGCAGAUCGAGCUGGAGGAAGCCGAGCUGGAGUCCAAGAGGCUGCGAGAGGAGCUCGUGGCGGCCUUCGACGUCGAGAUGAAGGCGGAGGCCGCUUCCCAACUGUUGGCGAGCCUAAAAGCCGAGCUCUUCGCUUGGGCCGCGGAAGGAACACUGGACCAGGAGGACAAGCCGGCGACGAUCAGCACCCAGUCGGUGCUGGAGAAGACCAAGAAGGAGCUCGACGACGUCAAGGCGAGCGUCGAGAGGGCCAAGGACGAGGCCAAGUGCCUGCGCGUCGCCGCUGCCUCGAUGCGCGAUGAGCUGGAGAAGGAGAAAGUGGAGCUCUCCGCGCUGCGGCGGAGGGAAAGGGAAAGGGAAAGGGAAGGGCUCUCGCCAGCGUCCAUCCCUUACCUCGAGGAGGAGCUGAAGUGGUUGACCGCCGAGCUCACCGAGGCGGAGGCACGAGCGAAGGCGGACGACGACGAGAGCAAGAUGGCUGAGCGGGUAGGCGAGGCACGGCGCGAAGCGGAGGAAGCGAAGGCGAAGGCCCGGUCGGCUCGAGAGGAGGUCGCCAGGGCCAGGGAAGAUGCGAGCGUGGCCAAGGCCGCCGUCGCGGCCAUGGAGGCACGGCUGGAGGCGGUGGCGCGGGAGAUACUCGCCGCGAACACGUCGGAGGAGAUCGCCACGGCCUCGGCCGGCGCGCUGCUGCAAGAAAGCAAGCCGUCCACAAAUGCACAGAGCAAUAAGGCCUUGGAAGGGGGCGAGAGCGUGACGCUGACGAUGGAGGAGUACGACGAGCUGAGCCGGAGAGCGCAGGAGACAGAGGAGGCCGCCGGCAUGCGGGUGGUCGAGGCGGUGAAGCUGAUCAAGGAGGCCAAGGACGCGGAGGUGAGGAGGCUGGAGAAGGUCGCGCGGCUGGACAAGCAGACCGAGCUGAGGCGGCAGGCGCUGGAGGCCGCGACGCUGGAGGCCGAGGAGGCGGAGUUCGAGAAGCUAUCGGCGGAGCGAGAGCUCAGGCAGUGGCGCGCCGAGCACGAGCAGCGGCGCGCGCCCGGUGACACCGGCUCGCCCCGGCCGGGCCUCGCCGAGAUCUCCGUCCUCGAUGAUCCGGGCGCCGCCGACGGGCGCGGGAACCCGCACAUAGUCAGCCCGAGAGGAGGGUACAUGCCGCGGACAGACCUGUGCUCGGCGGCGGACGCGGACGCGGACGCGAGGCAGAGGAAGACCUUCUUCCCGCGGAUUGUCAUGUUCUUGGCGCGAAAGAGAGCUCAGUCUUGGAAGUGA